AGCAUUCAAAGAUCACGCACGCAGCUGCCGUCGGUCCAUUCAACUCCCACGUAGCAGCUCGCCGUGCACGCCGUCCUAGCUCGCCAGCCGGCUCAUACACACACAUCAACCAUUUCUAGCAAGCAGAAGCGGAGUAGCAGCUCGCCCACCGCACGCAGCCCACUGAUCGGUGACGACUGGCGCGCGACCGGCGAGCGAUCAGGGAGAUCGAUCGAUGAGGCUGGAGAGGGUGGUGUUCGCGCUGAACGGGCGGCGGUACGAGGUGGCCGGCGCCGACGUCCACCCCGGGACCACGCUGCUCGAGUUCAUCCGGACCCGGACGCCCUUCACCGGCACCAAGCUCGGCUGCGGCGAAGGUGGAUGCGGAGCUUGUGUGGUCCUUAUAGCAACUUAUGAUCCAACAAAAGAUGAGGUGACCGAAUUCUCCGCCAGCUCAUGCCUGACCCUGCUCUACAACAUAAAUCUCUGCUCCGUCAUCACCACCGAAGGCCUGGGAAAUAGGCGAGAUGGCUUCCAUUCUGUUCAUAAAAGAAUGUCCGGGUUCCAUGCUUCUCAGUGUGGCUUCUGCACCCCUGGCAUGUGCAUGUCUAUUUUCACUUCUCUUGCCAAUGCUGACAAAUCCGAGAAGCCAGAACCACGAAAGGGGUUCUCAAAGUUGACGGUAUCUGAAGCAGAAAGGGCUUUCUCAGGCAACAUGUGUAGAUGUACCGGCUACCGACCGAUUGUCGAUGCGUGCAAAAGUUUUGCUUCAGAUGUUGACCUGGAGGAUUUGGGCCUCAAUAUAUUCUGGAGGAAAGGUGAUAAGGACGCGGACGUUAGCAAGUUGCCAGCUUACACUCUUGGCGGUGGAGUCUGCACUUUCCCCGACUUCGUGAAAUCUGAGAUAAAAUCAUCGCUCCGUCAUCUAACUGAUGUUUCGGAUGUCACGGUCUCCGGGGUGGGUUGGUAUCAUCCUAAAAGCAUCGGGCAGUAUUAUGACUUAUUGAACUCUGGCAUUUUUAGUGACUGCACAGUUAAAGUGGUUGUCGGGAACACAAGUUCUGGUAUAAAGGGAUACAAGGAUCAGGAUCUAUAUAACAAGUAUAUUGACAUCGGUGACAUUCCUGAACUUUCAGCUAUUUGCAAGAAAGACAGUGGCAUUGACAUCGGAGCAGCUACACCAAUUUCCAAAACCAUUGAGAUACUCGAGCAAGAAGCCGGGUCUAAAUCAUGUCCAAGUGGAAGUGUGGUUUUCAGAAAACUGGCCGAGCAUAUGAGCAAGGUGGCCACACCGUUUGUCCGUAAUACAGCAAGCAUUGGCGGGAACAUAAUUCUAGCACAGAAAUACCCGUUUCCCUCGGACAUUGCGACUAUACUUCUUGGUGCUUCUUCAACUGUUCGUCUUCAGAUUUAUUCAGAAAUACUAGAGGUUAGUUUUGAAGAGUUUCUGGAGCAGCCUCCUCUUGAUCCCAGUACAUUGCUCCUGAGCAUAUUUAUUCCUUAUUGGGCUUCAAAUUCUCACAAAGAAAGUAAGGUGAUCUUCGAAACUUACCGAGCGGCACCGCGCCCUCUUGGCAAUGCUGUUUCAUAUAUUAACUCUGCUAUGCUGGGCCAUGUCUCCCUGAAUGAAUCAUCUGGUGAUCUUGUGCUUAGUAACCUACACAUGGCGUUUGGUGCCUAUGGGACCGAACAUGCUAUUAGAGCAACAAAAGUUGAACAACACCUGGACGGAAAAGUGCUCACUCCAUCUGUUGUGCUCGAAGCAGUUCGCUUACUUAGAGAAACAAUUGUACCAAUGGAAGGAACAUCACAUCCUGAAUACAGAGUCAGUGUGGCUGUUGGAUUUCUCUUCAGUUUCCUGUCUCCAUUUGCUAAAGGAAUCAAAGGGCCUGGAAAAACUCUGAGCAUUGGUUCUGCUAGUUCUUUGUCUUCACGGCGAGAAACAGUUUCCAGUGAGGAAUAUAAACCAGUUGGUGAUCCCAUUAAAAAAUAUGCAGUUGAGCUUCAAGCUUCUGGGGAGGCGGUAUAUGUAGAUGAUAUUCCUGCUCCAAAAAAUUGCCUUUAUGGAGAAUUUAUUUACAGCACACAACCUCUUGCAUAUGUCAAUAAUAUAAAGUUCAAACCUUCAUUAGCAUCAGAGAAGAUCCUCGCCGUUGUUUCUGCAAAAGAUAUCCCAAGUGGAGGGCAAAAUGUUGGAGCAAGCUUGAUGUUUGGGGAUGAACCACUUUUUGGUGCUCCAGUUGCUGAGUACGCUGGACAAGCUCUUGGUGUCGUGAUUGCAGAAACUCAGAGAUACGCCAACUUGGCAGGAAAACAGGUUGUUGUUGAAUAUGACACAAAAGAUUUGAAGCCACCAAUCUUAACUGUAGAACAAGCAGUACAAAACAACAGCUACUUUGAAGUUCCUCCUGAGAUGUAUCCAAAACAAGUUGGUGAUUUUUGCAAGGGCAUGGCAGAAGCUGAUCACAAGGUCCUCUCAACAGAAGUGAAACUUGCCUCUCAAUACUACUUCUACAUGGAAACACAAACGACUCUAGCAAUUCCAGAUGAAGAUAACACGAUGGUCGUCUACAUUUCAUCACAAUACCCUGAGGUUGCACAGAGUUCAAUAGCCAAGUGCCUCGGCAUUCCGUUCAGCAGCGUGCGUGUCAUUACAAGAAGGGUUGGAGGAGGCUUUGGUGGGAAGGCAUUCAGAUCAUGCAAUGUAGCAACGGCAGCUGCACUCUGUGCAUUCAAGUUACGUCGUCCCGUGCGGAUGUACCUCAACCGCAGUACUGACAUGAUCAUGAUUGGGGGUCGGCACCCCAUAAAAGCAUUAUACUCUGUUGGUUUCAAAUCUGAUGGGAGAAUCACAGCCUUGCACCUGGACAUACUAAUCAACGCUGGAAUUUCUCCAGAUGCUAGCCCCAUAAUUCCAGGCACCUUCAUUUCAGGUCUGAAGAAAUACAACUGGGGUGCUCUCUCUUUCGACAUCAAACUCUGUAAAACAAACAACACAUCCAAGUCAGUAAUGCGUGCCCCUGGAGACGCGCAGGGAUCUUUUAUCGCUGAAGCUAUCAUCGAGCAUGUCGCUUCGGUGCUGUCACUCGAUGCUAAUAGUGUCAGGCAGAAGAAUUUCCACACCUAUGACAGUCUUGUACUGUUUUAUCCAGAAAGCACAGGCGAAGCUUCUACGUACACAUUGCCUUCUAUCUUCGAUAGGUUGCUCACGACAUCGAGCUACCUGCAUCGAGCCGAAUUCAUCAGGCAGUUCAACAGCUGCAAUAAGUGGCAGAAGCGGGGUAUCUCUUGCAUGCCCCUCGUCUUCAAGGUGGCACCACGGGCAGCUCCUGGAAGAGUUUCCGUGCUCAACGAUGGUUCCAUUGUGGUUGAGGUUGGAGGCAUUGAGAUUGGACAAGGGCUGUGGACCAAAGUACAACAAAUGACAGCUUUCGCUUUGGGACAGUUGUGGCCUGAUGGAUGUGAAUGUCUUCUUGAUAGAGUGUGUGUUCUUCAGGCUGAUACGCUGAACUUGAUCCAAGGUGGGCUCACCGCCGGCAGCACUUCGUCUGAAUCUAGCUGUGCAGCAACCCUUGAGGCCUGCAACAUGCUGGUUGACAGAUUAAAGCCAGUCAUGGAGAAGCUCAAACAGCAAUCCGGUGGUGGUGUUUCAUGGGACUCUUUGAUUUCUCAGGCAUAUAAGGAUAAUGUAAAUUUGUCCUCAAGUGCAUACUGGGUACCUGGCCAAGAAUCCAGUACCUAUCUGAACUAUGGAGCCGGUAUAAGUGAGGUAGAGAUUGAUCUUCUUACAGGAGCAAUUACUUUACUGCGAAGUGAUCUUGUUUAUGACUGUGGGAAGAGUUUGAACCCUGCAGUGGACUUGGGCCAGAUUGAAGGCUCCUUCAUACAAGGAAUUGGUUUCUUCAUAAAUGAAGAACAUGAAACAAAUGCUGAUGGACUGGUCGUGAGCGACAGCACAUGGGUCUACAAGAUCCCGAGUGUCGACACCAUCCCAAAGAAAUUCAAUGCUGAGGUGCUCAACACUGGGUACCAUAAGAAUCGCGUGCUUUCGUCGAAAGCCUCUGGGGAACCUGCCGUGGUUCUCGCAGCAUCCGUCCAUUGUGCGGUGAGAGAAGCCAUCCGGGCAGCGAGGAAGGAGUUUGGAAGCUCAGAGCUCACGUUCCAGCUCGACGUCCCUGCGCCAAUGACACAUGUGAAGGAAAUGUGUGGCUUGGACAUCGUGGAUAAGCACCUGGAAAGCCUAUCUGAACAUCAGUAUCGAGCUGCGGCCUGAUGCAAGAUUCCGGUGCCGUCAACCGGAAGGGGCGGUGUGUGCAACGUCGAAUGGUAAAUUGCGUACAUGAUGUUUGAAAUAUUUGUAAUUUUUCAGUGAUGUGCUUGAACGCUUUUCGAAUAAUUCUGGGUUGAGAUUUGUGUUUGUAAUUCCUGACUGAACCUGAAAACAUGUUUGCUUUUUAAAGUGUAAUUAAGAUCGUCUAAAAUAAAAAGGUGCUCGACAAUCAAGCUA